GGCGGCUUCGGUGGUGACCGAGGCGGCUUUGGCGGUGACCGCGGUGGCUUCGGCGGUGACCGAGGCGGCUUUGGCGGUGGCCGAGGAGCGGAUUUCGGGCCGCGCAGGCGGGCUGACGACCGGCCACAGCGGCUAUCGCGGUUCCAGGCCAGUGAAGGACGAUCACAAGGGCAGCGAGGCGGCCGAGGACGUCGCGGCCGAAGAGGCAGAGGCGGCCGUGAUGAGCCCGGCGAAGCUGGCGGCCGAGAAGAGGCUGCGGAGAUGACGAAAUCUCUCGAGGCGAAUCCAAAAGUGAAGGAGUGGGUCAAGGCGCAGGAGUGCGGGACGACACAAGCGUUCCAGCCGGCCAUCUCGCUGACGACGCUCGAAGGCUGGGGCCCGGCAGUGCCCGCAUCACAUAGCACGUUCGCGCAGGCCAACACGGCGCUGCGACAAGCGCGGAUCCUCGGGGGCGGUCGACCGUUCGACGCCGACGGCGGACCCUCGACGGCCGCCGACUUCCAGAACUUGUACAUCAACAUGACGGGCGUGUUCGUGCCGCCGGCGAGCGCGAACGCGCAGUACCUCGCCCGCCACGUCGUGCGCAACCGCAAAGACAAGGAGCCCGUCCCCGGCCGCAUGCACGUCCCGCCCGAGGUCGGGACCGCCAUCCUCGAGGACGCGAUGCUCGGCCGCUACGACGGCCCCAAGUUCGCCCAGCCCGGCGACGUCUACGGCACCAUCGACAACUACGUCAAGCGAGACGGCACGUGGAACGCCGCCGCCGGCAGGGCCCUCCAUUCCAAGGUGCUCAGUCUGCUAGGCGGCGGCGCUGUGGCGGCUGGCCCUCCCCCUCCUCCGCCGGCUUAGGCCAAGCGAGGCGCCCCCCCCGGCUCGACCGGGGAGGGAGGUGAUGGAUGGAUCGAGGAGUCAAAUUCCUAUCUGUAACGAUUUUACUCCACAAGCAAUGGGGCAAAGGGGAAUGAAUACGUGGGAUUAUCGGGACUAGAUCUGUGUAUCGCUAUGGGGCGACAGGACUUGUAAAAGGGGACAUUGAUCAAGUCUAGUGUACAUUUAAUAUAAACUACGCACGAGGUUGCGUGACUUCACUCUAUCGC